CUGGAGACACGUUCCUAUCCUUGAGUAAAGCUGUUUAUUUAUUUAUUUAUCACAAUGACGUGGGCUUUCUCAGCUGGAAGUGACGGUGACUGUUAUUUUGGUCUAUAAUUAAGCUUCUUUGGUGAAAUGUGCUGAGGUGUGGCGCUGGCAAUGGCAUGAUGGCGUCGGGCAAGGAGCGGCGUGGUGCCUACGAACACGACUCCUCCAGCGACACCGAUAAUCCGGAUUCAGACGGACGACGACCCAGACCCUACCGGAACCGAUUCGGAUACCAGAGCUCCAGAUACAGUUCCUCCCCCAAGCCCAAGUCAUGCCUAGUGCAGCGAGGGGAGGCGGGAGGGGCCAUGGCCAUCACUCACCACGCCCACCCAGGCUCCUCCCGUCCUCACCACCAUGAGUCUGCCAUCCCUAAAAUGACCCACCAGCAAAGAUCAGGGAUGAGGAACAGAGGGGUAGUCCAGCGUGGCUCCCUUGGGCACUCCUCCUCUCAUGAAGACUCGUCGCCCCACGCCUCACCGCACCCUUCACCACACCCCUACAGUGCAUCCAGAACCACAGUGCAGCAGACAUCCCACCAGUGCCCUCACACCAAGGAUCCUGGCCAGUCCCUCCCCUCGAGUGACGACCGCAUCACCCUGGUAGUGGAGGGAACGCGCUUCAUUGUUGACCCGGCCAUCUUCACCGCCCACCCCAACACCAUGCUUGGAAGAAUGUUUUCGUCUGGGCUGGAGUUCACACAUCCUAAUGAGAGAGGAGAGUUUGAGGUGGCGGAGGGCUUCUCGUCGGCUGUGUUCCGUGCCGUGCUUGACUACUACAAGACAGGGACGGUGCGCUGCCCUCCUUCUGUCAGUGUGCAGGAGCUGAGGGAGGCCUGUGACUACCUCCUCAUCCCCUUCGACGCCAACACCAUCAAGUGCCAGAACCUGCGUGGACUCCUUCAUGAACUAAGCAACGAAGGAGCACGAAAGCAGUUUGAGGUGUUCCUAGAAGAGCACAUCCUGCCCUUGAUGGUCCUAGCAGCUCAGAGAGGUGACAGGGAGUGCCACAUUGUCAUUCUGUUGGAUGAUGACACUGUGGAGUGGGACGAUGACUACCCUCCACAGAUGGGAGAGGAAUACAGCCAAACCGUUUGCUCAACCGCAAUGUACCGCUUCUUCAAGUACAUAGAGAACCGAGAUGUGGCCAAGCAGGUGCUAAAGGAGCGUGGACUCAAGAAGAUUCGGUUGGGCAUUGAAGGCUACCCAACCUACAAGGAGAAGAUCAAGAAGAGACCAGGUGGACGAGCGGAAGUAAUCUACAACUACGUCCAGCGACCUUUCAUCCGCAUGUCCUGGGAGAAGGAAGAAGCCAAGAGUAGACAUGUGGAUUUUCAGUGUGUCAAGAGCAAAUCUGUAACAGACCUCGCCGAAGCAACUGCUGACCCUGCUCUUGAUCGCGUGGUGACCUUAGAUCCACCACCCAUGGGUCAGGAGGCACCCCCAGAACCCCCACUACCCCUUGAGGGAGCUGUGGGAGGGGCAGAGGGGGGCCAUCAAGAUGAAGGGGCAGUAGGGGGACAUCACAAUCCCCCAAUGCCCCCUGCCAGUGAAUCCUAUCCUGAGUUUAUCAAGAGCAAAUCUGACCAACCUUGAGAACCAAUAAAUAACCUUGACGGCCUCGGCAGGUUGGCGGCCAUGAGGAGGCAACAUGAGGGGCAGUGAUGGGGUCUGUCUUGAGUGCUGCUGCUGCCGCCGCUGCCACCACAGCCACUGCACCUCUUGGCCACAGGCCUUGGCCAAGCCUCGCAUCCUUCGGUGCUGCCUCCCCUACCCCUCCCCCUGAUCCUGCAACCUCUCCCCAGUCCAUUUGUCUUCCCUCACCUUCUUAUUAUCCUCCUUCAUCUUCUGUUUCUCCCUCCCCCUCAUUUUUUAAGUGUACUGUUUCUCCUUCUCCAUCAUUUCAUAAGUCUACUGUCUCUCCUUCUCCAUCAUUUUGUAAGUCUCUUGUGUCUCCAUCUCCAUCAUUUUGUAGGUAUACUGUUUCCCCUUCUCCAUCAUUUUCUAAAUCUACUGUUUCUCCUUCUCCAUCAUUUUGCCGCUCUUUUAAAUCUCGUCCCUGUAAUUCUCCUCCUCCUCCACCUCCUCCUCCUCCUCCUCCUCCUCCUCCUCCUCCUCCUCCUCCUCCUCCUCCUCCUCCUCCACCUCCUCCUUACUCUGGUUCUUUCUUUCAUUAUGCCUCUCCCUCACUACCUUCUCUUUGCAGCCCUUCAUCUCUUCCACCUCCUCCUUUGUCCUCUCCUGCCAGUGAUGCCUCUCCCCUCCUGGGCCCUGCCUCCAGCCCUCUGCUGUGCUCCAUAUGCCACACUCUGCUCACACAACUCACUGCACUCAAGGACAGAGUAUUUCACCGCCCCUAUGACCGACUAUAAAUCACGUUAUCAAUCAGUGGAUGGGGGCAUGUCUCCUUAUGCACUUAGAAAUGCCCAUCCAUGCAAACUUUUACAUUCUUUACCCAAUAUUUAUCUUGGAAAUUUGCAUCUGAGAAGAGUCUCCUGAACUCUUAAUGCUGUUUUCACAAGACUUUGGGGAAUUCCUGCUUUGAUAAAGAAACAUGCCAAGUCCUUCACUCCUGAUGGUAAGGUGUGAGUGGCAGCUGUGGCCUCCCAACACCUGUUUUUUUAGGAGACUGCCUUCUCCUUGCCACCAGUAGACAAGUGAGAAGCCAUUGCCUUAUCAAGUGUUAUUUGCUGUUAUAAUUAUAAAUGGUUUGGUGCUUCUUUGACACUGUAUGAGUGACAACUUUGCCAUUUUACAUUAAAGUCUGGUCAAGUGCAUCUGCCUGUGACACGAUGCAUCUUAUUGAGUCUCCUUUAUGGUGUAAAGGAGAGCUGUAUUUAGUACUAGGGAAUGGACAAGUUUUGAAGUAUGUAUAGAGAUACUGAGAACAUUUUACUUGAUAUCACAAAGAGGGAGAACAUGAGAGACAGAGUAGGUAUCUUUUUUUUCAUUUCAUGUUUUCACAAGCAACUAUUUAAGUUAGUUUAUGUACAUACAUUAACUCAUAGUGUAUUAUUUCUAUACUGGUAUGUGAGAGAGAGAUUGUGUUUGUGUGAAUGGUUGAUUACUGAUAAUGGUUUACUAACCAUGUUAUUUUGGCUGUGGUUUGCUAGUAUCUGAUAACACAAGGUGGAUUACAUUAGCUAAGCUCACAAGGCAGCUUAUAAUGUCAUCAUUCAUUCCACCAAUAUUGUUCUUGUGUUGUUCUUUGAUAAUGUCCAUAAAUGUGUGUGAGAAGUGAUACUUAACCUGCUGCAUGAGGGUUUGUACACACUAGUAUGAUUAUUUGAUUACUGGUGUUUCUUUUGGUGACCUGGAGCUCUUGGGAAAUAAUGAUUCCCUGUAUAGAAGUAACCAGUGUUGCUAGACCAGUCCAAGAGCUUGUUUAUAUGUCAGCCAUGCACCACCACCUCAUGUUUGUGGGGCACAUGGGACUUGUAGCAGCUGCCUUCCCUCUGAUGCAUUGUGAUGGCUCUCUGCUGUUACUUUUGAAACUGUCCAAAGCUUUCACUGAAGAGGAGGUAUAGUGGUGGAGGUGGUGGUGGGGUGGCUGUGGAGGAGCAGCUGUGGUGGAGUUGAUUCCUGCACUCUUACUGAGCAGUAGGUGCAGGAAAUUACUUGACAAGCUUUUUACAUAACAUGGUUAUGCAUUUCCUUAAGUAUCGUAUCAGUAUAACAUAUGAAGACUUUCUAACAGAUGCACACUGAGUUGUCUGUAGUCAGAAAAGAGGUACGUUUUCAUUAAAGGAAUCAUUUACAAUGGGAAAUGUGCAAGUACUCAAACCUCAAACCAAACAUUAAGACAGUUUUUAUUCUUAAUGUGAAAUGUUAAUCAGGACAUUUGUUUAACUUUGUUUUCUUGUGUAAAUCUUAUUUUAUCUUUGUAUUCUAUUAUUUUAGUGGUGACCAAUCUUGAAUUUUAUAAAUGCUUUUUCUUUGACUAUAUAUAUUUUAUAAUUGUUAUGUCAUGUAUAAUAAUUUGUAUUCUUAUUUUGCAUUGAAGUUUAGUGUCAGGAAGUAUUUCCUUUGGAAGUGACACUGAAUAGAAUAUUUAGGUGAGGUCAGAUUGUGACUGACUGGGGUCCCAUGCUGGUGAUGGGUGAUUAGGUUGUGAUAUGUGGGCUGUUACAUCCUUGCUAUCCACACCUCAUGUUGCUGUACUACCUUUGCACACACACACACACACACACACACACACACACACACACACACACACACACACACACACACACACACACACACACACACACACACACACACACACACACACACACAGAGCAAUGAAACACAUCAUACAUGACUAAGGUACAUUGGAUAUUUUUAGAUGUGGACAGAGGAUGCCAAGUGACACAGCAGCACAGUUAGUACUUACACUCUGAAACACACCAGGUACGUACUCAUGUUAUAUGCAUCCUCCUCCUACGUCAUUAACCUGAUUCACACUUCAGUACUCAGCGGAACUUUUCUCGAAUUACUAAACAUUCUUUUUCUGUACUAAGUACUCAGUUCCUUUUAUGAGUACAGUCAAGUAUAUUAUGCCUCUGAAUAUUUAAAUUGGAGUGCAUUUAUAUCCAGUGAAUAGCCAGCCAGGCAGGCACACUAUGCAUACCACUAGCACAUCGCAUCCACACGGCUAGCUCCCACUAGCAGUGCUGCAUUAUGAACCUUUGUGGCCCUUAGAUGCUAAGAAUUUGGGGCCUUUAAGCUUGAGGCCUUUGGCAGCCCUUUCUCUUUGUUUUGUAAUUGAUAUUCUAGUUAUUACUACGGCUUGUACAGGUCCCCUCGACCUCAUGUAUUCCAAGGCACGUGCCGGCUGUGCCUCUUGAGCAAUUUGAGUCCUGCCCACCAGCACCCCACACCACCCCAGUCACACUCCAUAGCUUCUCCUCGCAGUCCGAUGUUAAAUUUUUGGGUGAUGAAAACUUGUUACGUGAGGUAGUGUUUUUGUAUAUUGAUGGAGUUUGUAGCCUCCUUCGUAUUGUAUAACGUGUUCGGCCUAUUCUUAUACUUUGCUUUGUGGGAGUGGUGGUCAUGGGCAUUUUUUUAUUGUCCCAGCUCAUGGCCAAUCUCCAUGUAUAUAAAACAGUAAUAAUAAAUAAAAUCAGAUUAAUACA